CACAGAUGAAGGACAAGCCCAGUAGCCUAAGUAAAGUAGUCGUUUUAUGCACUUCGAUAGAUUCCACACUCUAAAAGGUAAAUCUUUCGGGUUGGACCACUGAUCUAUGAAGAACUUUAUAGAUCAGUGGGUUGGACACGCAGUGUGGAUGGUCAUUUAGGUGUUUCGGGAAUAGAUAAGGCUGCAGACAGCCAGCAGUAAGUGGAUGUUUCUAUUGUACUCCUAAUGGCCAACCUGUCAACUUCAUUCAACUUUAAACAGCAGGGCAGUAUAUUGGCAGAUCUUUGCUUGUGGCUUAGCAGAUGGCCAAAGAUUGACCCGGCUGAUGACGGGUCACAACUAACACCAGUCCUAGAGGGAGUUUCUUCUUUUAGACUUAAAACAAAUCCGAAAAGUAUGAAGAAUCAAUAAAAAUCUGUGCAAGUCCCUCUUGAUGGCUUGAAAUGUCUGUCAUCGGGUAAGAAAAGUAAUGGAAUAUGUGAAGAAGAAGAAAAUUAACAAUGCACUAGGUUGUACUUAAUCCAGCCAGGCACUAUUAUUGAAGCUGGGAUGUGAUGCACAUCUCUGCUGUGGUAAAAGCUAUAGUGCCUCUACAGAACAGAGAAAAAAGCUGCUAAAUUUGUGUCUCAGAUACUUUGUUGCUGACAAGUGCCCACGCAUACUCUCUCUCACACACACACACACACAUCUGAAAGACAUGGUUUCAUAGAGAUGACCAGUUACGCACGGUGGAGAUAGAGUGAUAUGAGGUCCAGAGAACCCUUUGUGUGUUCCCAUCCCAAGCAGCAGGCAGUAAUUAAAUAUGCCACUUCUGCCUGACUGACUCAUUUAGUUCAUAAUUUCACUGCUGUGCUGAAUGCAUCUCGCUCUGUUAAAAAGGACCACAUUGUAUUCGCAGGGCUGUGGCCUCAUUAGUAGGGGUAUUUGGUUUGGCGUGGGGGAGGGGGAAACUGUCCACAGAAACGUUGUGUCUCUUCGUCACCAUGAUUCCCCAAGAUCCGAAAGCUAGGAUCCGCAUAACUUUUGUGGAAUUCCAUUUUAUCUCAAUCUAUCAUUUCAGAUUAUUGCUGGAAUGGUGUUGAUGAUUUGCACAACACACAUCUUAUAUUAUGCCACUGAUCAUUUCAAAAAUAACUGAACUGUUACUUCUAAGCACCUCUCCAUGGUGAGCCUCCAAAGCAUAAUUCAGAUGAUUACAGUAAAUUAUAUUGUGGCGUUAUACGUCACAGUAUGAUCAGACUUUGCCCAGUUUGAGAUCUCGUUUCCAUACUCCAAGACUUUCGAUAGGAGCCAGCCAACUUUUUGUACAGUGGAGCAAACUGUAAGUGUUAAACACAACGAAGGACUGUAAGUUCACUUCCCCUAGUGCAGGGCUUAUCAGAGGCUAAGCCAGGGGAUGAAAAAAACAGCAAAGCCAGUCUCCCUCUAGCACGACUGCGGGCAUAAGGCCAUCUGUCCAUUCUCUGAAUACAACUGACAACAAAAGGGGGGGGGGGAACUCUUCCCUCUCUCUCUCUCUCUCUCUCUCUCUCUGGAGCACUCCGACAGACACUGGACAUACUCUCUCUCUGAGGGGGACGAGAAGGACGAGAGGAAAAAAGCAACCUACCGAAGUCUUCUGAAACGGCCCAGCAGAUAUGCCAUGGAGAUAGAGCAUACAGCACGUCUUGGGAUCUAUUGAGUAGUGUGUAUCUUUGUGAGGCUGUGAGAGGAGCAACUUCGUUGUCGUUGAACAUGAAUAUUAACGAUCCUGAGGGUGGAGCCUUGGAUGGCGGAUUGAACGUGACCCUAACGAUACGUCUGCUGAUGCACGGCAAGGAGGUUGGUAGCAUCAUUGGAAAGAAAGGAGAAACCGUGAAAAAGAUGAGAGAAGAGAGUGGAGCUCGGAUUAAUAUAUCUGACGGCUCCAGCCCCGAGAGGAUUGUCACCAUCACUGGAGCUUCAGAGGUCAUCUUCAAAGCUUUCGCCAUGAUCGCCGAGAAGUUUGAAGAGGACAUAAACGCCUGCAUGAUAAACAGCACGGUGACCAGCAAACCCCCUGUGACGCUGCGGCUGGUCUUCCCAGCCAGCCAGUGUGGAUCGCUCAUAGGCAAAGGGGGCUCCAAGAUUAAAGAGAUCAGAGAGACCACUGGUGCCCAGGUCCAGGUGGCCGGCGACUUGUUGCCAGACUCCACGGAGAGGGCCGUGACCGUGUCUGGGACACCCCAUGCCAUCACUCAGUGCGUGCGCCACAUCUGCACUGUCAUGCUGGAGUCCCCACCCAAAGGAGCGACGAUUCCGUACCGGCCCAAGCCAUCGCCUGCAGGGCCUCACACUGUGAUAGCGCAGCCACACGCAUCUGCAGCCUUCGCAAUGCCAGGGCAGUAUGCCAUUCCACAUCAAGAUUUGACCAAGCUUCACCAGUUGGCUAUGCAGCAUAUUCCCCUUACCUCCCUUGGGCAGAACAACCCUACCUUCCCUGGUAUGGAAGCUGCCAUGCCUACGAGUUCUCAUGAGCUGACCAUUCCGAAUGAUUUCAUUGGCUGCAUAAUCGGCAGACAAGGAAGCAAAAUCAACGAAAUUCGCCAGAUGUCGGGUGCUCAGAUCAAGAUCGCGGGGGCCACAGAUGGCUCAGCUGUGCGCCAUGUCACCAUCACAGGCUCGCCCGCCAACAUCAGUGUGGCACAGUACCUCAUCAACGCCAGCUUAGAGAUGGCUAAACUCAGCAUCCAGGCCGCUUCCUCCUCCACCACUCCCGUUGACCUGAACAUGGGCUUCUCCCAGUCCGCCUCUCCCACCCCCACCUCCAUGGCUGUCCUGGCUGCCUCAGCCGGGGCGGCCUCCCACGCCCUUAACGUGCACUCCCCCUCCACUCUCUCCACCAUCCCCAGUGCCCACUACGCCGUCCCUGUCUCCAGCCUGCUUGGCAUGAAAACCAUGCCCCUGCUGGCCGUGCACGCUGCAGCCUCCUCUGGUCUGCCUCCAGGCCUCAAUCCUUACACCACAAAGAUCCCCACCGCCGGCUUCAAAAAAUCCGACCGCCAGAAGUUUGCUCCCUAUUAAAAUGAGCACACACACACACACACACACACACACACACACGCAUCCUCAGUCGCUAGUUCCCUGUGGUACUGUGUUUGAUUUUGCACCAAUCCUAACUUGAAGUUCUCACCAAUCUAUGCAGUAUAAUGCAAUGAGAGAGGAUGGAGAUGAAUCAGGGGAACAGCAUGCUAGGCUCUUUUAAUCAUCCUCUGCACUCCCUCUUUGUCUCUCACUUUUGAAGUGUCAGGUCUCCAUAUUUUGUUCUACUACACUGUAUGAGUGCACACAAGUGUGUAUGUAUGUUUCCUUGUGCAUGCUGGUGUGUGGGUUUGCAUGCACUGGAGCUAUGUUACCUUGAAUGUUCAAAAUCUUUAAUCUUUUCAGUGUGACAUCUCAUCAGCAGGGUUGCUGCCAGUUUCUAACAUUUUCAUAACGUUGUAAUGCUCUCAUUUCCAGGCGCAAUUAAUACGCAUGCCGUGGUAAUGUCGGUUGUGUUGUGGUUCAAUUGUGUGUGUGUGUGUGUGUGUGUGUGUGUGAGUGUGUAUGGUGAAUCGGUUUGGACGUAUGUGAGGGGGCGUGUCUUCAUCUGAAAAAAAAAAAAGUGUCUCAAACUACUGAAACUCUGACCUUUGGAGCUGUGAUGAUGAUGAUGAUGUACUGCAACAUUCAUGGUAGACUUCAGCAGACCAUCUGGAUUGAACGGCAUUCUGCUCUUCUGUCCCUCUCUGAUCUCCCCCUCUCCCCCGUAGGCUGUCCUCUGUGGUAGCUGGCCUGGGUGUGCUUUAGUUGUACAGCACACACAGUUACACAUUAAUCUCCUGACUGGAUUAGCCCACAGCCAAUUGGGAUUCUUACGGACUUGAGACUUCUCACGAAUGUCUAGCAAACAAACAUGUGCAUUCCUGAACUGAUUUGAGAGAAACGGAAAAAAAAAGAAAAAAGAAAAUACAUCUGUCAGUGUCCUGUUUUCUUUUCUUUCAGUACUCGAGUAUUUGUGAUGUGUAGAGGGUACAAAAUGGAGACAGGCUUGUUUUACUAGUUUUGAUUUUAAGCCAUUCUUGUUAAUAUUGUCAUGUUUAUAUUGUACUGUAAAAGUGUGCUCUUGCUUGUUGUUAUAGUAUUGAACACAGGUUACUGAAUUAAACUGUGGCAGCUUUUUAUGAGAA